UGCAAGCUGGUAAUGUAGAACAGACAAAAGAACAGCACCUCGCUUCGACUGGAGAUCCAGCGACGCUUCCGUGCUUCUCGUCGUGCAAACAUAUCGAGACAGCUCCACACUGUCUACCCCUCCAUCCUCCACAUUUUUUCAGGCCGUGCUUCUUGGCCGGCAACGGGCGCCCGCUGUGCCCAAUCACAGCCGUCAUGGAAGGACACAAGCGCUCGAAGUCGCAGAGCGUCAAACAUAUGCUGAGUAAAGUGACCUCGAAGACGGAAGGAACGUCCACGCCCGCGGAAGGCAGCACCACGCACACAGCCAACAACUCGCCGCCCAACUCGUCGCAAGCUUCGCUCAGCUCGCCAGUGGGUCACCAGCGCAGUGUCUCCCAAAAGCUGCGCCCAAACGUGCCUCCCGUCAUGUCGAAUGCAGGCGGCCCUAGUGAGGGCAGCAGCAGCAGCCAGCAUCUCGCGUCUCCAUCCUCGCCUACAACCAAAGGUGGAUCGAUUGAGCAGUCGGUCAAGUUGUUCCGUGUCUUUGAGUCGCUGCGCAAUGGCGACACGACAGCCAUCUCGAGGGCCAUCCGCGAGCAGUCGUCACCGGGCGACAACGAAGGAGGCAGGACUUCGCUCUCGCUGCCCAAUGCGCGCACUGAGGGCACGUCGAUCCUACACCUCGCCAUACAGUGCGCUGAGAUACCUGUCAUUGAGUUCGUUCUGUCCAACGCGACCGACGCGCCCGAAUCGCCCAUCGAUAUCAACGGCCGCGAUCGUGACGGCAACACGCCUCUCCACCUGGCGGCUACCUUGGGUCGCGCCCCAGUGGUCCGGCUUCUACUCGACCGACCGGGCAUCAACGAUUCCAUCACCAACUACAGCGGCCAGACGCCUUUGGACCUUGCCCGCACACCAGAUAUCUUCCAGCAGCUGCAGCUGACCCGAUCCAUCUUCAUCGAUACCAACGUGAAGAAAAUACAGCAGUUGGUGAUUGCUGGGGACUUGGAUACUCUUGAGUCAGUUCUACAAGAUGCGCGCAUCCAGAGCACACUCGAUGUUAACGGCGGAGAGUUUGCAACGGACCCGACUGUCAUCGAAGCUGGUGGCACUCUUCUGCACCAGGCAGCAAAGAACAAAGAUGUGAAACUUGCUCAGCUGCUGCUGCUGAACGGCGCAGACCCUUUCCGUCGCGACCGCAAGGGCAAGCUCCCGCAGGACUACACCAAGGACGACCGGACGCGUGCUAUUUUGAAGCGAUCGCCGGCUGCUGCGGCUGCCCAGCGAGGCAUUCAAGAGAAGACGAUUCUCGCUGGUCAAGCGCAACCUGGAGCUCCCUCUGACGGUGGCAUGGGCUCCAAGGAGUCGCGUGAGAUGAAGGGUUACCUUAAGAAGUGGACCAACUACACAAGCGGCUACAAGCUGCGAUGGUUCGUGCUGGAGGAUGGUGUUCUCAGCUACUAUAAACAUCAAGACGACACCGGCUCUGCGUGCCGUGGUGCCAUCAAUAUGCGCAUUGGCAAACUCUACAUGGACCCACAAGAUAAGCAGCGUUUUGAGAUCCAGGGCAAAUCCUCAGUCAAAUAUCACCUGAAGGCCAACCACCAAGUUGAGGCAAAGCGUUGGUACUGGGCUCUUAAUAACGCGAUCCAAUGGGCAAAGGAUGAGGCUCGGGAAGAAGAGAAGCGCGCGACACAGGAUCAGGAGGCGCUCAAGCAGGCCAAGGUCGAGUUGCUUUCUAAGGAGGGCGACUCUGCAAGCCUUCAUAGCUCCCGCAUGGCAGGAUCCCGAAGCUCGCAUAACCUUGGCGUACCGCUCGCUAACCUCGAUACAACUUCACGCUCUGCUGUCUCAUAUACGGAAGACCCUGGAAGCGCAUAUGAGCCCAGUCUAGGUGCACACGAGCUAGGAAGAUAUACCAGCCAUCCAGGUGCACCUACUGUCGACGACGAUGAUGAUGACGACUUCCACGACGAUGACAGCAGCCAUGAGGUGAAGCCGCACAACAAAGAUGCCUUCAACAUCACCGCUCAAUCUGCGAAGUUGCAGCUCGACUUGUUAACAUCAGUAUCUGCGGCGUUGCAAGCCGAGAAAGCGAAAAACCCUAAUAUGCAAAUCGCCGACCCUUCGAUGACACAAGCACUGACCUCCUAUGAAUCUGCGAUUGGAAAUCUCAAGGGAUUGAUCGGAGACCUUCUGCGUAUAUCAAGAGAUCGCGACGCCUACUGGCAGUAUCGUCUCGAUCGUGAGGCCAACGUGCGUCGCAUGUGGGAGGACAGUAUGGCCAAGGUUGCACGGGAACAAGAAGAACUGGAACAAAAGAUUGGAGAGUCAGAAGAGAAGCGGCGCAAGACGAAGAAGGCGUUGCGAGAGGUGCUUGAGGACUAUGAAGGCCCAGGAACUGCCGCCCAGGAUGACGAGUUUGUCGAGGCGCCUGAGAAUGAAGCCCAGCAAGAGGACUUGGCUCGGGCGAAGCCUGAACUGUCCGGCCAAAUCAAAAGAAAAGCCACACUUGCCGACCUCGCAGCAGACUUUUCGGACGACGAGUCCGAGGCCGAUGAAGAAUUCUUCGAUGCUGUUGGUGCUGGUGAGGUCGAAGUUGUAGAGAUGCCUGGUGUGAACCAGAGCCAGAACGAAGCCAGGAAGCCCUCUGAGCUUCCCGCAGAUGGCACUACCGAUGACGUCUUUGAGCAGAAGCAUGCGGUGGUUGCCACAGGGUUCAAGGGCUACGAAGAUGGGCCGCGACAGAAGCUUGCUAUGGAUGCUGAUGACCGGCCUAAGAUCUCUCUUUGGAGUAUUCUUAAGUCCAUGAUUGGUAAGGACAUGACAAAGAUGACUUUACCAGUCUCGUUCAACGAGCCCACUUCUCUGCUGCAACGUUGCGCCGAAGAUAUGGAGUACACCGACCUUUUAGAUGUUGCCGCUGAGCGUGAAGACUCUAGCGAGCGGAUGCUCUAUGUUGCGGCUUUUGCUGCUUCAGAGUAUGCUUCGACUAUCGGCCGUGUUGCAAAACCCUUCAACCCUCUCCUGGGCGAAACGUUCGAGUACGCCAGGCCUGACAAGGGCUUCCGUUUCUUCAUCGAACAAGUCAGCCACCACCCGCCAAUUGGCGCGGCUUAUGCUGAAGCAGCCAAAUGGGACUAUUAUGGCGAGUCUGCUGUCAAGUCAAAGUUCUAUGGUAAAUCUUUUGAUAUCAAUCCGCUUGGUACCUGGUUCUUGCGCCUUCGUCCUACUUCAAUGGGUGGGAAGGAGGAGUUAUACACGUGGAAGAAAGUAACAUCUUCGGUUAUUGGUAUCAUGACGGGUAAUCCUGUGGUUGAUAACUAUGGACCCAUGGAGGUCAAGAAUUGGAAUACCGGUGAAGUGUGCAUACUGAACUUCAAAGCACGAGGCUGGAAAGCCUCGUCUGCCUACCAAGCGGUCGGUAAAGUUCUUGGCGCAGACGGCCGUGUCCGCUGGUCAAUUGGUGGCCGCUGGAACGAUAAGAUCUAUGCACGCUUCACUCCCGGCUUUGAGGACGCAGACAUCGACAAGGGUGGUAAGGAGGGCAAGCAUGACGACAACAAAGCUUUCCUCGUCUGGCAAGCACACGAGCGUCCUACUGGCAUUCCGUUCAACCUCACACCCUUCGUCGUCACGCUCAACGACCCCAACGAGAAGCUCGUGCCCAUUAUUGCGCCGACCGAUACACGUCUCCGUCCUGAUCAGCGUGCGAUGGAGGAUGGGGAGUACGACUUCGCAGCGACAGAGAAGAAUCGUGUUGAAGAGAAACAGAGAGCGACUCGCAAACAGAGGGAAGAACAUGGCGAGGAUUUUGUGCCGAAGUGGUUCGCCAAGUCUAGAGAUGCUACGACUGGUGAAGAAUUCUGGGAGUUCAACCACGAAUACUGGAAGACCAGAGACAAGGUCGCCAAGGGCGAGACGACCUGGAGCCAACACGGAUUGGAGGAUAUCUUCUAGACGCAUUGGCUCGAGGGAACCAGGUAUUGCAAGACGACAUGGUCGAGUGUUGGAUGUACAAAGACCACUUUGGAUCAUGCACACAUUCUCUCUUCCUUUAGAACUAGUAACAAAGAGGUUCAAUAAGCGUGUUGUAAUGUGUCCGACGGCCAUCUUCUUGUUCAGUCGAGUUUAAUUGAUUAUCGUGCGGAGGAGUGAGUUUACAUUACGGCGACCAAAGGAUGUAUUCUCUU